AUGAGAAGGAAAUGCUUGGUGAAAAAAAACAUUUUCUUGAUCACAUUUGAAAAUGGUGGAAGUCAAUAUUCUCAGGCAACACCUAGUCGUUUCAAUUUCAGUACGACAUACAAGCAAAAAUUUGAACCUCAAACACUCGAUGGCUCAUUCAGUUUUAUCAAUUCAAUCCAUGAUGAUUUCAACGGAGAAUGGCAUACAAAUGCAAAACAUCAUACAGAUGAUCCGGGUGGAUACAUGUUUAUAGUUAAUACUGAUGAGAAACCUGGUCAGUUUUAUAAUGGCACAGUUAGUAAUUUAUGUGUUGGUCUACAUUAUGAACUUUCUGUCUACUUGGCAAAUCUUAUGAGCGUACCUGCUACAAUUAAACCAAAUGUUCGAUUUGAAGUUCGAAGUCUAUCACCUGAAAAUCAAUUACUUGCCCAAUUAUCCUCAGGAUAG